AUUAGCCUCGUUGAUCCGACAAAGUGUUACGAUCAUAUUGAUCACCCAACAAGCUUGUUCAUCUUUGGAGAUUCACUUUUUGAUUCCGGAAACAAUAACUACAUCAACACUACUGCUCGGGCUAAUUUUUAUCCAUAUGGUGAAACCUUCUUUAAGCACCCAACUGGCAGAUUUUCCGAUGGUCGACUCAUCCCAGAUUUUUUCGCUGAAUAUGCGAAGUUGCCAUUCAUUCUACCGUAUUUACAACCUGGAAAUCAUGAAUAUAGUUAUGGGGUGAACUUUGCUUCUGCUGGAGCUGGUGCUCUGGUCGAAACUUACAGAGGAUAUGUGAUAGACCUUAAAACUCAACUUGGAUAUUUCAAGAAUGUUAACCGAGUGCUGAGGAAGAAACUUGGGGAUAAGAAGGCCGAAGCUCUGAUUUCAAAAGCUGUUUACUCAUUUAGUAUUGGAAACAAUGAUUACUCGGUAGCUGCUUAUGAACAGACAAACUCUACCGUCCUUCCCUACUCUGACCAACAGUUGGUUGGACUGGUGAUUGGCAAUAUAACUGAAGUGAUUCAG